GGGAUAAUUUCAAAACAUAAAAUUAAAGUGAAUUUCUCGAAUCCGGCUUUGUUUCUGCGCGAAGUAUCUAUCGAAAUUAUUUUACACAAGUUGAUGUAAAAAUUGCAAAGAUCAGAGUGAUGGACCUCUGGGCGGUGUUUGGGUGGACCGGGGGAGGGUUGUGUGCAUUGUAUGUACUGCUGCCCUUCUUGGUGAGAUUUUAUCCAUGGAUUGCUCAUCGGAUAGUUUUCCUUCACUUUGUGGAGCACCCAAAAGUUGUCUUCAAGGACCUGAAGAAGCCAGAGAGUUUUGGUUUGAAGAAUACAAGGAAUUUCUACCUUGAUGUUGAUGAUGAGAGUACAAUUGGAGUUUGGCACACCUUACCUGGAAAUGCAGGAGAUCAAAUUGAUGAUAAUGAUGAAUUCUGGGAAAAGAAAUUACAAGAAGGACAACCCAUAAUUUUGUAUCUUCAUGGAAACUCAUCUUCUAGAGCACAACCACAUAGAGUAGAACUCUUGAAGCUACUUAGCAAGCUGAACUACCAUGUACUGGCCUUAGACUAUAGAGGUUUUGGAGAUUCCACUGGGUUUCCCUCAGAGGAUGGCUGCGUUGCAGAUUCCUACUUCCUGUACAAAUGGGUCAGGAAACGAUCUGCCCAAGUUCCUGUCAUAAUAUGGGGUCACUCCCUAGGAACUGGAAUUGGGACUAAAUUGACCAAGCAACUUUGUGAUAAUGGUGAGCCUCCAGAUGGACUCAUACUACAAGCACCAUUCACAAAUCUGAAGCAUGUAUCAAAACUGCAUCCUUUUGCUGCUUUAUUUAGAUUUCUUCCUUGGUUUGACUGGGCCGUAGUCAGUGCCUUGGAUAGAAUAGGUCUUCAUUUUAAAACAGAUGAACACAUAGCCAGUGUUACAGUCCCUAUUCUGCUCCUCCAUGCGGAAGAUGAUUUUACUGUUCCUCAUGAACUCGGUGAACUGCUUCAUGCAGAAGCCAAGAGAGUUCGUGACAUUUCCAGUGGCAAUAUCCAUUUUGUGUCCUUUGACAAGAAGCACAAAUAUGGUCACAAUAACAUGUACAGGAGUCCAGAGCUGCCACAGCAUAUUAUAAAUUUUGUGGCCUCUUUAAAGAGAUGAUGAUUUCCAAGGAUAAAUUUAUUAAAUCCAUCCAUCAAAAGAAAGAAAGAAAAAGAAGAUGAUUACUGCUCAAUAAAAUAUUUUGAGUGCUGUC